AGCGCACCGCAGACACGCGCAUCAAAGAAGUUGUCCCGUGCGUUUGAUGUUUAUUGGUCUAUUUGAGGGUUUAGAUAAAGUCAAGGAUGGUUUAUGAGGCCGUGACCUGCAGCAGAAACGCACGGGCGCCAUCUCCGGCUCUGAUCAUGUCACAGGAGAGCGAGCAGGAGACGACCCCAAGCUCUGCUCCUAAACCCAGCGGAGGCAAACCCUUCAGCUGCGACCUCUGCACGAAGACCUUCACCCGCUCCACUCAGCUCAAACUGCACAAACGCUCUCACACCGGAGACAACCCCUACAGAUGUGACCGGCGCAGGAGGACGAGAGCGCGACCUGACGCUCUGACGCAACGUGACGCCGCGCACACGAGCGACGUUAAGGCCCAUCAGUGCCAGUACUGCGAGAAGUCGUUUGGACAGAGGAGUCGGCUCAGAGAACACGUCUACACUCACACCGGAGACAAACCGUUCAAAUGUGACCUGUGUGAUGGAGCUUAUGCCAGAGCUGCCGAUCUGAGACGCCACAAGAGCCUCCACGAAGAGAAAGAGUACAGCUGCGACGACUGCAGGAUGAAAUUCCCGAGUGAAAAAUCUCUAAAAAAACAUCAGGAGAAGGUUCACGUGAGUACCCACGGAGCAGAGAAGCAGUACAGUUGCACCGAGUGUGACAAGACAUUUUCCCGAACCUCAAACCUUAUAGCACACCUGCGCGUUCACUCUGGAGAGCGGCCGUUUAAAUGUGAGGAGUGUGGGAAGGGAUUCAGACAAUGGACCCAUCUGAAAAGACACACAUUCACCCAUGAAACCACAGAGAUCACCUUUAAAGACGCGUCUGAACUUAAAAACAACAGCUCUCUCAGCGAAGAAAGACUUUUCAUUUGUCAAUAUUGUGGAAAGAAAUGUCCGACGCAGGCGACUCUGGAAGUGCACGAGUGGAUGCACUCAGGACCCAGGCCCUACAGCUGUGACGUGUGUGGGAAGAGAUUUUCAAUCUUAUUUUCUCUUCGACAACACAAACUCAUUCACAAGGAACAGCAUCUGCACAAAUGUGAGCAGUGUGGGAGCGCGUUCUCUCAACCAGACCAACUAGAACAACACCAGUGCUCCGGGGACAACGAGGAAAGAGGAGAAAACUCUUACAAACCGUACACUUGUCAGUACUGUGCUAAGUCCUUUGGGAGGCCGUAUGUUCUCCGAAUGCACAUCCGCACACACACGGGGGAGCGGCCGUUCACAUGUGAAGUGUGCGGUAAGGCUUUUGCGCUGUCAUCGACUCUUGACAGACACAAACGCCUUCACUCGGGAGAUCGACCUUUUAAAUGUGACCAAUGUCAAAGCACAUUUAUCCAGUCGAGUCAUCUCAAAGCACACCUGCGCUUCACUCACAAAGACAACAGGACCUACACCUGCCAGAACUGUAAGAAAACCUUUAUUCAAUCAUCUGAAGUGGAACGCCACACGUGCUCCCACAGCGACGAACAGGCAAACAAACACCUGCACAGUUGUGACAAAUGUAAAAAGACUUUCACAAGACGAUACAAUCUGAAAAUGCACGAGCGCAUCCACUCUCGAGAGAAACCUUUCAGAUGUGACCUGUGUAAAAAGGGAUUUGUCAGAGAAUAUGACCUGAAAAAACACAACUGUGCCCUGAUUGAAGAAAACACGUACAAGUGUGAUCGCUGCAGGACGGUUUUCCCCACAGCCGACAGCCUCACGGAGCACAUGCUCAGCCACAGCGCCCAGGACAAGUACAGCUGUGACGAGUGUGGGAUGGAGUUCACUCUGUGCAGCGCUUACGUCCGACACCAGCGUCUCCACAGUAAAGAGUUCCAGUGCGAGCGCUGUGACGUGGUGUUCACAGACGCAGACGAGCUGAAACAACACCAGGAGACGCACCCGAAGGAGAAACUCUACAGCUGCGAUUACUGCGGAAUGGAAUUUGUCAGACCUCACAACCUCGCCAAACACAAAUGCACCAACGAGCAGCACCAGCCUUUCUCACAGGGGCCCGUGCUGCUCACAAGUGAAGCACCAGUGACGCACCAGUCGCUCAGCACAAGUGAAGCUGCAGAACAAGAAAGUGAAAGUGAUCUACAGCAUGACCCGCUUAUGUCUCAGUCAAAUCCCACUGAUGUCCCGCUGAAGAAUCCUUUUACGUGCAGCACCUGUGGAACAACAUUUACCAGUGAAGCUGCACUGAAAGCACACCAGCCUGUCCACGCCAACACUCGGCCGUACAAGUGUGAGCACUGUGAGAAAUCGUUCAUACGGCGAGGGCAGCUCAGAGAACACGUCUUCAUCCACAGCGGGCACAGACCGUACAAAUGUGACCAGUGCCCGGGGACUUUUACCAGAUCGUUCGACCUGAAGCGCCAUAAGGGCAUUCACAAGGAGAAAGGAUACAGGUUCAGCUGCGACAUUUGCGGGAUGAAAUUUCCACGACCAAAUUCUCUUAAAGUCCAUCUGGGGAAACACAGCGGGGAGAAGCCGUUCGGUUGUUGUUACUGUAAAGCUGCGUUUGACGUUGUAGAUGAACUCAAGGAACAUCUCUUCUCGCACCCGGGCCCAAAGCUCGGUAAAUGUGAGCGAUGCGGAACCAGGUUUUCCCACCUCGCCAAUCUCAAAAGACACAUGCGGAGUCACCUGGGACAGCAGGCGUACCCGUGUGACCAGUGUGGGAAGGUUUUCACCGACCCGUCCACUCUACGGACUCACCACCUGGUGCACUCCGGCUCGUUCGCCUGCGACAUGUGCGAGAGGAGUUUCAUCACAGAGGAAAAUCUACAAGAGCAUAGAAUCAUACACGCUGAAGAACUUAAAACUCCAGCUGUAGAAAUGUCUGACGUUCAGUCUAGAGACGAUUCACCAGCUCAAGAACUGGACGAUGUUUACGCUGUGGAGGUGGACAGUUUUCAGGAUGAGGAUUUGGAGAUUUCGUGCGCAGUGUGUUCAGAGACUUUUAAUUCCAAAGACCAAUAUUACGAACAUCUGCAGAACCACGAGAUCGAGCUGGUCGUGACAUCAUCUCCGGCUCAGAUCAUGCUCUCCUGUGAGGAAACAUCUUCUCCGAAACACGAGGUUGCAGGCCUAGACACCAGAGACAGCUGCACCAGCGCACCCACACCGGAGAGAAGCCGUACAUCUGCGAACAGUGCGGAAAGAGGUUUGCGCUCUCCAGCUGCCUGCUACGACACAACCGCACCCACUCCGGAGAGCGGCCGUACCAGUGCGACCGCUGCGACCGAGCCUUCUCGCAGUCCUCGAGCCUCAAACAGCAUCUGCGAAUCCAGCACGGCAUGGACGAGGGCGAGAUCUGCAAGUCCGUCGCGCAGUCGUCUAAACUGUGUCGGAAAAGGCGAAAUAAAGACGAGCCAUUCACUUGUAAACACUGUCCGAAGUCUUUUAAAAGAGCGUACCAUCUUAAAAUGCACACGAGGACACACACGGGGGAAAAACCGUACAGUUGUGAGAAGUGUGGGAAGAGCUUCGCGCUGUCUAACGCUUAUAUACGACACCAGCGCGUUCAUACAGGCGAGCGUCCAUACAAAUGUGACCAGUGUGGGAAGGGUUUUGCACAAUCUGGUACUCUCAAACACCACCGCUGCCCUCAUGACCCCACAGAACGACCGUACAGAUGUCAACACUGCAAAAUAUUUCGAACAAUCCUCCGAACUGGAAAAUCACAAAUGUUCUAUCAACAAAGACAGACUUUUCAGCUGCAAGUUCUGUUCAAAGACGUUUUCCAAAAGGUACGACCUCCAGAAACACACUCGGAGCCACACGGGACUGAGGCCGUACAGCUGCGAGGUCUGCCGCAAGAGCUUCACGUCGUCCAGUAGUGUUAAAACGCACAUGAGAAUUCACACGGGAGAGCGGCCUUACAAAUGCAACCAGUGUGGGAAAGGAUUCUCGCAGUUAACUCAUCUCAGGCAACACCAGUGGGUCCACGGAGACCGAGGGAGCGGAGAGAAGCCGUACAAGUAUAAACGCAAAGUCAAACCGUCAUUAAAGCUAAAAAAUCUGAAAAAUUGUUCUGAUAGUCAAGAUGUAACGUGUCCAUUUUGCGCAAAGGAGUUCACCAGACCAAACGAACUCCAGAAACACAUUAGGACCCACACAGGGGAAAGGCCGUACAGCUGCGAAGUGUGUAAAAAGAGAUUCGCCGUUGCCAGUACUCUCGCCGUGCACAAGCUCCUUCACUCCGGAGAGCGUCCCUUCAAGUGCGAACAGUGCGGAAAAGGAUUCUUACACGCAGCCGGUCUCAAACAGCAUCAGUGGGUCCACGAAACGAGAGAGUGCGCGGAGAGGCCGUACAGCUGCGACGUCUGCGGGAAGAGAUUCGCGGUCUCGGAGACUCUGGAGAAACACAAGCUCAUCCACACCGGCGACUGCCCUUACAAAUGCGAACAGUGCGGGCGGGGAUUCUUGCGCACAGUCCAUCUCAGGCGCCACAAGUGCGCCCACGACACCACGGUCAGCGCGGAGAGGCCGUACAGCUGCGAGCACUGCAAGAGGACGUUCGAACACUGGCUGGAACUGGACGAACAUCGGUGCGCGCUGUGCGAAGGCAGGCUCUACAUCUGUCAGUACUGCGGGAAAACCUGCACGAGAGGGUAUGACCUGAAGAUGCACAUCCGCACGCACACCGGCGAGCGACCGUACACCUGCGACGUGUGCGGGAAGAGUUUCGCGCGGUCCAGUAAUUUCCUAAUUCACCACCGUCGUCACAUAAGGGAGCAAAACAAUCAGACUGCAGAGCGAACUCAGCUAGACCAAAACUCCAACGACGACGGGCGAAGUCGAGAAAGCUCUUGCAGCCGAGUCAAAUCUUACAACUGUCAGUACUGUACGAAGUCUUUUAACGGGUCGUAUGUUCUCAGAAUGCACCUCCGCACGCACACAGGGGAGCGUCCGUUCAGGUGCGAAGUGUGCGACGAGAGUUUCGCGUUGUCGUCGAGUCUCGAAAGCCACAAACGCCUUCACUCGGGAGUUCGACCUUUUAAAUGCGACCAGUGUCAAAGCACGUUUACGCAGUCGGGUCAUCUCAGAGCGCACCUCCGCUUCACUCACAAAGACGACAGCACGUACGCUUGUCGGAACUGUGCGCAAACCUUCAACCAGGCGUCUGAACUUGAACGCCACACGUGCUCUCGCGGCCACAAACGCCCGUACGGUUGUAAAAAGUGUAAAAAGUCCUUCGCGAAAUCGUAUUAUCUCAAAAUACACAAACACAGCCACAGGUUAGAAAACAAAUACAAAUGUGGCGUCUGUAAAAUGGCUUUCAACAGAGCGUACAGACUCACUUUGCACAAACGCAGGACCCACAAAGCGAAGGCGCUGUUCUGCUGCGAGGAGUGUGGCAUGAAAUUCAAGCUUCACGCGGAUUACGUCGGACACCAGCGUUUCCACCCCAAGUCGUUCAAAUGCGACGAGUGUGGGAUGGAGUUUGAGGAGUCGGAUGAUUUCAUACAGCACCAGGAUAUCCACAACACGGAUCAACUGCGCUGCGAAUACUGCGGUCUGGCCUUUAUCCGACCCGAAAACCUCGCCAAACAUCGCUGCACUACCACUAGAAAACAAACGGUCUCACGUAACGAACCAGGGGACGGCGGCGUUGACUUUGAGAUCUCGUGUGAAGUGUGUUCAGAGACUUUUAAUACCAAAGAUCAAUAUUACAAACAUCUGCAGAACCACGAGAUCGAACUCAUUGUGAUUUAAUCUUAAACUGUAUAAAGAAGUGGACUAAUGGAGGGUGAUGUCAAAAUAGCGAAAUAAAAACGCCAGGAUCACAAAGAGCGGGUUAAUAUGAACAUUUUAAGACCAAAAUGACGAGGCUCACAGCAGCAGGUACAGAGAAAGGGGAGACAAUUGCCACGUUUACAUGAGAGCUUUAAUUCUAAACAAGAAUGAUUAUUUGGAAAUUAAACUUAAUUCCGAAGUAAAUGUGUGGUUUAUUCAGAUUUUAAAGCCAAAUUAAUUUAUUCCUCGAUCAUGUAAACAUAAAAAUAAUUCCGGUCGUUCAGCGCAUGCUCGUUGUGUCGCUCUUCUGACGCGAUUCGCAAUCCGGCUCCACCAGUCCUGGCUUCGGACUUUCAUCCACGUCUCUUUAGAUUUGUGAGCGGGAUGUGGGAGUGGGUUGAGGUAGAGCAGCCUCAAAAUCAGUUUGUCUUCUUCCUCCCUUCUCCGACACUCUUCCCUUUUCCUCCUCAGCCGACAGACGUAAAGCGUGAUGAGACAAUUCUCCAGCUGCUGCACAAUUAUCAUCAGAACCACUACGGAAAAAGUUUGGAUCGUGUUUGUGUCCGUGGCGUAAUGACAAACCGAGAUGACAGGAAAGCCGGUAGCAGCUGAAGUGUGUGUUUUCUUCCGGUCGACGUAAAUACAUUCGUGUCUCUGUCCAAUCAGAACUCUUCCCCACCUCCAGAUGCUGAGCGGAAUUAAAUAACGAGUUUUCCAUGUAAACCUCAAUUCGGAAUUAUGUCCAUUUAAACUCGAAGGAGAGUAUUUGAAUUCAAAACUAUUUAUUUCAGAACAUUUAAUUCGGAAUUUAAUUAAAAAUAUGUAAACGUGGUCAUUAUUUCAAUGUAAAGUGAACUGCAGCCAGAGUCGAUGGAGCCGGAAGUGCCCCCAUGCUCACUUCCUAUUUGGAACACAGCGGCUGAUCCGGUGCAGCAGUGAAAGGGUCCAGUGUGUGGGCUUUGGGAGGGCAAUUUAGAUAAAACUAAACUAAAAGUUCUGGUUUGUCAGGCUCAUAGUUUGUACCCUGUGAAGUCAGAGUAACUGUUGACAAGUUAAAGGUUAAAAUUCAAAGUAUUUUGUAUUUUGUUUUGAUAAACAUAAAUGUGCAGAACAGUUAAACCUGCCUUUAUGUAGCCUUUAUAUUGUGUGUAUCAGAGACUGUCUUCCCUCAAUAAACUG